AUGGUGGAGAUCUCCAGCGUGCAGGACUUCGUGGACCUGCUCGCGGAGGCGGGCGACAGGCUGGUGGUGGUGGAGUUCUUCGCCACGUGGUGCGCGGCGUGCAAGGCGAUGUACCCGCGCGUCAUCGAGCUGUGCAAGGAGAACCCGGAGAUCGUGUUUGCCAAGGUCAAGUUCGAGGACAACAAGGUCAUCUGCAAGGCGAUGGGCGUCAAGGCACUGCCCUUCUUCCAGUUCUACCGGGGCGCGGACGGCCGGCUCGCGUCGUUCUCGGCCUCGCUGAAGAAGUUCCCGCUCGUGGAGGAGGCGCUGGAGGCGGGCCUCGCGCCAAGGUGCCAGCUCGGAGACCCCAAGGGCGCCGACGAGUUCGGGCGCUUCAGGCCCAGACCUCUCGAGAUGCGUCCCUGGCGGAACGAGCUGGAGAGCAAGGCGGAGACGGCGCCCGUGGAGUGA